AUGAGUAUGCUAAAACCAAGCAGGCUUAAGGCCCCCACCAAGAUCCUGAAGCCUGGAAGCACAGCCUUGAAGACACCUGCUGCUGUUGUCGCUCCAACAGAAAACACAGCAUCCAGUGAAAAAACCUCAAGCACUCCGUCCUCUGAGACACAAGAGGAGUUUGUGGAUGACUUCCGAGUUGGGGAGCGAGUUUGGGUGAACGGGAAUAAGCCUGGGUUUAUCCAGUUCCUGGGAGAAACCCAGUUUGCACCAGGCCAGUGGGCCGGGAUCAUUUUAGAUGAACCCAUCGGCAAGAACGACGGCUCGGUGGCAGGAGCUCGGUACUUCCAGUGUGAGCCUCUGAAGGGCAUAUUCACCCGGCCUUCAAAGCUGACGAGGGAGGCGCGGGCCGGGGCUGAAGCUGACGGCCCGCAGACGACUCCCGCUGCCAGGGCCCCUUCGCCUCCGUCCACUUCGGCAAUUGUCCCAACCAACUGCAAGGAACCUUCAGCUACAUCUCAGAUCAGCAACCUUAUGAAAACCGCCAGCAAAUCUAUCUCCAACCUAUUAGAGGCCGGCUCAAUCAAGAAAGGAGAGAGAGGACUCAAAGUCAGAGACCAAGUAUUGGUUGGUGGCACGAAGGCUGGUGUAGUCCGGUUUCUUGGGGAGACAGACUUUGCCAAGGGGGAGUGGUGCGGCGUGGAGUUGGAUGAACCUCUGGGGAAGAAUGACGGGGCUGUUGCUGGAACAAGGUAUUUUCAGUGUCAACCCAAAUAUGGACUGUUUGCUCCAAUCCACAAAGUCACCAAGAUUGGCUUCCCCUCCACCACGCCAGCCAAAGCCAAGGCCGUGGCGGUGAGGCGAGUGAUGGCAACCACGCCCGCCAGCAUGAAGCGCAGCCCGUCUGCCUCCUCUCUCAGCUCCAUGAGCUCCGUGGCCUCCUCUGUGAGCAGCAAGCCCAGCGGGACAGGACUGUUGACCGAAACCUCCUCCCGUUACACCAGGAAGAUCUCUGGCACCACCGCCCUCCAGGAGGCCCUGAAGGAGAAGCAGCAGCAUAUUGAGCAGCUGCUGGCCAAACGAGAUCUAGAGAGGGCGGAGGUGGCCAAGGCCACGAGCCACGUCGGGGAGAUAGAGCAGGAGCUCGCCCUGGCCCGGGACGGACAUGACCAGCACAUCCUGGAGUUGGAGGCCAAGAUGGACCAGCUUAGAACGAUGGUGGAAGCUGCCGACCGGGAGAAGGUGGAACUUCUCAACCAACUUGAAGAGGAGAAAAGGAAGGUUGAGGACCUUCAGUUCCGGAUUGAAGAAGAAUCAAUUACUAAGGGCGAUCUUGAGGUGGCCACGGUGUCAGAAAAGUCCCGCAUCAUGGAACUCGAGAAAGACCUCGCUUUGCGAGUGCAGGAGGUAGCUGAGCUGCGGAGGCGGCUGGAGUCCAAUAAGCCGGCUGGGGAUGAUACCUUAAGCAAACUGCAGGAAGCCGAGCUAAAGGUAAAGGAGCUAGAGGUGCUACAAGCCAAAUGCAAUGAGCAAACCAAGGUUAUUGAUCAUUUUACAUCACAGCUCAAGGCUGCCAAAGAAAAGCUCUCGGAUCUUGAUGCACUUCAGAAGGUCAGCUCUGAAGGUAAAUCCGAAAUCGAGAACCUCAGACAGGAGCUCAAAGCAGCUAAGAAACAGAUUAAAAGCUUAGAGAGUGAAAAGGAUGCUGAAAGCGGCAAGGCUAGUAGCAUCACCAAAGAGCUGCAGGGAAAAGAGCUAAUGCUUAAUAACCUUCAGGAAAACUUGAGCGAAGUCAGCCGAGUGAAAGAGGCUUUGGAAAAAGAACUGCAGACUUUGAAAGAAAAGUUCGCUGAUGCUUCAGAGGAGGCAGUCUCUUUUCAGAGAAAGAACCAAAAAAUAGAAGAAUUAAAGAAAGAAAUAGAAACCCUAAGGCAGGCAGCAGCUCAGAAGUCCCAGCAGCUCUCAGCGCUGCAAGAAGAGAAUGUGAAACUUAACGAGGAGCUGGGGAGGAGCAGGGACGAAGUCACCAGUCACCAAAAGCUGGAAGAAAAGAGAUCUGUACUCAAUAAUCAGUUGUUAGAAAUUCAAAAGAGAGAAUCCAAGUUAAUAAAAGACGCAGAUGAAGAAAAAGCUUCCUUGCAGAAAUCCAUCAGUUUCACUAGUGCCUUACUCACAGAAAAGGAUGCGGAGCUGGAAAAGCUAAGAAAUGAGGUCACGGUGCUCAGGGGAGAGAACGCGUCCGCCAGGUCCUUGCAUUCAGUUUCUCUAGAGACUGAUAAGGUGAAGCUUGAGCUCAAGGUAAAGAACUUGGAGCUUCAACUCAAAGAAAACAAGAUGCAGCUCAGCAGCUCCUCAGGUAAUACUGAUACUCAGGCAGAAGAGGACGAAAGAGCCCAGGAGAGUCGGAUUGGCUUCCUCAAUUCAGUAAUAGUAGACCUUCUGAGCAAGAAUCAGGACCUCCAGAUGAAGGUGGAGAUGAUGUCAGAAGCAGCCUUGAACGGGGACGGGGAUGACCUGAACAAUUACGACAGCGAUGACCAGGAAAAACAGUCCAAGAAGAAACCCCGCCUCUUCUGUGACAUAUGUGACUGCUUUGAUCUGCAUGACACAGAGGAUUGUCCCACCCAGUCCCAGAUGUCUGAGGACCCUCCGCACUCUGCACACCACGGCAGUCGGAGCGAGGAACGCCCAUACUGUGAAAUCUGCGAGAUGUUUGGGCACUGGGCUACCAACUGCAAUGAUGAGGAGACCUUCUGA